CUGGAUUUGGAUCGUCUUGGUAGUAAUGAUUUUAGCCAAUCGCACAUCAGCAAUAAUUUUGUGCGAACAGGUCUCUUUUCCGUGCUCCCGAAGCCAAAAUGGGUCGGGUGAGAACCAAAACAGUCAAAAAGGCUGCACGAGUGAUCAUCGAGAAGUACUACACUCGUCUGACACUCGAUUUCCACACAAACAAGAGGAUAUGUGAAGAAAUUGCAAUUAUCCCAAGCAAACCUUUGAGAAACAAGAUUGCCGGGUUUGUGACCCAUUUGAUGAAGCGUAUUCAGAGGGGCCCUGUCCGUGGUAUCUCCAUCAAGCUGCAAGAAGAGGAGAGAGAGAGGAGGGACAACUAUGUACCAGAGAUUUCAGCAAUUGAGCAAGAUCCUCUUGAGGUUGACCCAGACACUAAAGAAAUGUUGAAGAUGUUGGACUUUGGAAACAUCCCCAACCUGCAAGUUAUGCAGCCCAUUUCAGCAGCCACUGGCUACAGGCAGCCACGUCAAUAAACUCUGGACAUUUUGUACAAAGUAUCAUACUUUAAAAAAAGAAAAAAUAAACAAGUGAAUGUGAGGAACAUAUAAUUUU